AAACUUUACAAAACGGGAGUUUGUACCGGUCUAGAUCGGCACUCCGUCGUCAUAUUGCUUCCAAAUUACACAACAGAAUCUCGGAGUGUAUGAGAAGAAGCAAAAGAAAAAUAGAAAAGCGAGGUAAAGGGGCUGAUCUCGGAACCAGUUCUCAACGAUCUUCAGAGUCUCUAAUCUCGAUCAAUCCAAUCGCAUGCGACGAUACUUUGAACGAAUAUCUCUCUCUCUCUCUCUUGAUCUCUCUCUACACACCCAUCCAUGGAUGAUUCUUUCUCUACCCUUCCCACCAGCCACUUGCUCGGUUCAGUCCCGGCCGUUGUCACUGAAGGAAAUAAAGCCACCACCACCAGUUAUGAGGCCCCUCAAGCGAAUUUGCAAAUAUUUCCUCCAAAUGGUGUAGGUGGGGGGCAGGGAUAUCAAACUCUUGGAAGUCCAAGUGCUAAUCAUGCAGAAGGAGUUGAACAAAUGUCGUCAACGAACAACUGGAAGGGAGUGUUUAACAUCUCAUCUUACACACAAUAUUUCAAUGUAGACACAGAUAUCGUGUUGAACAGAUUGAUGAGCUCAUUGUAUCCUAUUAAUGGAGAUUUUUUCAACAAGAUUGAAGCAAACCCUGAUCUCUACGGGCUUGUUUGGAUCACCACCACAUUGGUAUUUGUUAUUGCUGCCCUUGGAAACUGUGGCACCUACUUGAUGAACAAGCACAGUGACAGUAGUACUUCAUGGAGCUUUGAUGUCAGCUACAUAAGUUUGGCAGCGUGCUCAAUAUAUGGCUAUGCAGUAGUUGUGCCAUUGGGAUUUUACUUUUUGCUUCAGUAUCUGGGUUCAAAUGCCAGCCUUGUACGCUUUUGGUGCAUGUGGGGAUAUUCGUUCUUCAUACUUGUUCUCAGCUCUUUUCUGUUGGUUAUCCCAGUUGAAUUUCUCCGGUGGAUCAUCAUUAUCAUUACUGGUGGUGCAUCGGCUACCUUUGUUGCCUUGAACCUCAGGUCCCAUAUAGAGGGGAAUAAUGAUCUUACAAUGGUGCUAGUUGCUGCUUUUAUUUUGCAAAUGGGUUUGGCACUCUUCAUCAAGAUGUGGUUCUUCCCAUAACCCUAACCCACUAUUGUCCAAGCUCAGCCAGCGUGUUUGCUUUGUAACACAAAAUCUGAAAGGUAACAUCAUUUUCUUUUAUUUUGUGCGGCUUGGAUUUGCCCACUGGCUUAUGUUGUAAAGUGAAAAAAACUAGACUAUAAUGUUCUCGAGAAUGCUAAAACAGUUUGAGAGAGAAUAGUGUUUUCAUUCGUGUUGCUUGUGACGCGGUGUUGAUAUGAAUGGCUCGGAUAUUGUUAGCCUACAGAUUUUUGGAGACCAAAUGUGAUUUUUUGACUUCCCUUUUUCUAGUAAAUUUUGAAUCUUCCAGAAAA